AGAGCGGUAAUGCCUUUUUACGUCUUUAAGAAUCGACAAAGAUUUUCUACGACAGAGAUAAAGGCUGAUUGGUCAGUGUGCCUGUAUUUGAUUCUCCUGAUCCUUCACCUGACUUCUGUCUCCAGAUCAGAGAUGCUCCAGCUUCUGGGUCCAGCUGGUCCUGUCAUUGCUGUAGUUGGUGAAGAUGUUGUCCUGCCCACUCACCUCAAACCCAACAUAAGUGCAGAGGAUAUGCGCAUAGAGUGGUUCAGAACGCAGAACAGAGACCCACUGGUGCAUCUCUACCUUCUGGGAGAGAGCAGGAAUGAGUCCCAGAACCCAUCGUACAGCGGAAGGACAGCACUCUUCCCUGAGGAACUGAGGAAGGGCAAUACGUCUCUGAGGCUGAGCAGGGUCCAGGUCUCUGAUGAGGGGCAGUACUCAUGUUACAUUCAGUCCAAGUCUGACAAUAAUUACCGCAUCAUGGUGUCACUGGAAGUAAGAGCUGUAGGAACUGAGCCAGUGAUCUUCAGGGAAGCAGAUGAAGAAGGGGAGGUUGGCCUGCUGUGUGAAUCUAAAGGCUGGUAUCCUCAGCCUGACCUCAUCUGGCAGGACAGUGAGGGUCACAAUCUCACCACUGAGAAACCUGAGAUACUCAGGGACAGCCUGGGCCUCAUUGUCAUAAGAACACGUGUCGUCAUAAAGAGAGAAGGCAGCAGCACAUUCACCUGUCGAGUUCUGCAGCAGAAGCUCAAUGAUGAAAAGGUGACAGAGUUUUACCUCCAUGAUGAGUGUCAAAGCCGUCCAUGGAGAGUUGCCUUUGCUGUCACUAUGACUGCACUUAUUCUCUUGGGCAUCGUCCAGUGUGUGUUCAUCUAUCGUUUGAAGAAAGGCCUUCAGCAUCCAUGAUGGAGUCUGAACACUGCAGUGUUGAAAAUGAACCAUAAACCUGACUCCUGACCCUAAACCUAACCCUAACCUGAUCCUGACUGUUACCCAGUGGUCUUUAAACUGUUUCAAAUGAAAGGUCAAUGGUGGUUGAAGCCCCGGUGUAGCCACAAUAAGAUUCAUGCAGAUGUUGGGCCCUUGAGCAAUUUCUUAUAGGCCAUGUAAGGCUUUGGGUAAGAUAAGUUGUUUAUUCCUGUUUUCACAAUUUGUUGUUGAAAUUAUAUAUUCAUGUGAUUAUUUAAUUAUUAGUUGCUCAUCAUAUUAUUCAUUGCUUAUCCUUUACUAAUUUCUUAUACUGUUAUUGAUUGCUUAUACUGGAGUGAUCCAGAACAUACACACUUUUUAAAGUAUGUAUAACUUGCUCUGUAUUAAUGGAAACUAUUUUCUGUAAACUGUGUGAGUUGAGAUGUCUCUUUUCCUUCUCUGCCCUGCGGGCUUUGAGGGCCACAAGGCACCACGAGGCAUAGAAACAGCAUGGUAUCUGUUUAUUUGAGAAGGAGCUGGUGCCUGUGAUUCUCACAGAUCAUCAACAUUCUGCGUCGACAGAGUGUUGAUCUGGGAGUAUCUCUCCCUGGAGACUGGGAGUAUCUCUCCCUGGAGACAGGGAACCUAAACAAGAUAAGCGAGGGCCCUUCGGAAUGAUCCCAAAACAUACAUUCACGUGGACAGAUACCUUAAGGGAGGAGAAAGUUAAGAAACAUCUGUUGCAAGGAGAAGAGGGGUGGAUUGUCUUUGAAUAUUGAUUAUUGGAAAUACUAACGAAUACUAAUGAAGGGGCGUACAUUUGUUGCGCUCUGUGCCUACAUAUAUCCAGACAAAGGUCUUGGAACCUUUGUCCUUGUUUUUGCAUGUAAGU